AUGAUAUCCAAAUCAUUAAAGGUAAUCUUAUAAUUAGCAAAGCAAAAGGAUAAAAAGAAGUUUUUGAAUGCAAUUGAAGAUACUAAAGUUUUAGAUAACUUAGAUAAGCUUAACUGUAAAGAUACCUCAUAGUUAAUUUAUUCAUUUUCAAAGGUGGAUAUUAAUGACAUGAGAUAUUGGAAACUGCUGAAUAAGUAGUUUUUAAAAAUACAAUCUGGAAUGAACACUUUUGAUCUUAUUAUGUGUUCUUAUGCAUUUGCAAAGAACUAUCUUUCCAGCCCUAGCAGAUACAUGCAUAAAGAGAAUUAAGAAGUUAUAAACAUGAUUUGGUAGCAACUAGAAGUUUCCAUUUUAAAAAAUUAGAAUGAAUUAAUGAUUUAGCAAUAACAAUCUUCUAAUAUUGGGCUCCUAAUGUACUCCUUUCAUAUCUUAAAUAAAGGAAGUCCUCAAUUAUGGAAUAUGAUGUUAGGUAUACUAAUUAAUUAGAUUCAAAAUAUAGAUUAAAGGAAUUUAGCUAUGUGUUGUUAUGUUUUGAGCAAGAGAAAUAUAGGAGAUGAUAGUGUAUGGAAAAAUAUUGCAAAUCAUGUCAUUGAUGACUUAAAAUAAUUCACAUGGAAGAAUGUUAUUAUCAUAAUUUACAGUUUUAGCAGAAUGAAUAAGGGAGAUUCAGAGCUUUGGUAAGUAUUUGAAGAAACAGUCAUUUAUUAGACUUAGAGAAGAUCUUUAUCAGAAAAGCAUGUAAAUUAGAAAGGAGGCACUAUAUUACCAGCCAGAGAUAUUAGUUAAAUUUUAUGGAGUUUUGCAAGCUUAAAACAAGGAAGUCAAGAGUUUUGGGAAACAAUGGAGAACCUUUUAAUAGAUAACUCUUCCAACAUGGAUUUUAAAACAUUUAAUAAAUGCUUAUUUUCAUUUUACUUUGCUGAAAAAGGUUCUUAGGAAUUUUGGAAAUUUAUAUCUGAAAUGUAGUUAUACAUUCCUUCAAAGUUUGAUGUAUCUAUAUUAGAUGAUAUUCUCUUUUUAUCUAGAAUUUAUUAGGCUAAAAUGGAUGAGAAAAUUGCAUCAUUCAAUUUUGCUCCUUUGGUUUAAAAAUUCUCUUAGAUUUUAUAGAGCAAUGAAGGAGAAUAAAUUUUAUUAGAAAGUAGAGCUAAAAUUAGUUAUCACUAAAUUUUACUUGAAAAGGAGUAAAAUUUAUUGCAAAAAAAAAUAAUUGAUGCUUAUGUCAAAAAAAUAGAUAUAGCAGCCAGAUAACAAGAAUAAAAGAGUUGGCUUUAGUUAUAUAUAGAUUUUUCUUACAUGAUUUACACUUUAAAUCUGCAAGAUAAAUUCACAGAUAGUUAAAUUUAAGCAAAUCACACGUUUAUUAAAAACAUAAAAAUCAAUAACAAAAAUACAGACUAAGGUUUGAGUGAAUCAUAGUAAGAAACUGACAAAAAUAAUAUCUUAAUUGGAGAAAAACAAAAUAGUCAAUAUGCAAAGUUAUAUUCUGCAAUUGCAUGGAUACUUCAUUUAAAUAUAAAUAGAUCCAAAAAUAUCAAGUUUGAGCAUAAGUUAGAACUCCUGGAGUUCUUGUAUAAUAAUUACAAAAUAUUCAUAGAAGCUGAUAAAAAAUUCUCUUAAAUGGUUUUAAAAAUAUUGCAACCAAACUCUGAUGACAGUCAUUAUUUUGAUUUCUUUUUAUAAAAAUUGUCUUCUUAAACAGUAAUUAAUCCAAUUUAGCACCUUUAUAUGAUAUUUUUGGUUUGUAAUAAGUACAACUAUAGAUUAGACACUUACAAUUUGAAGUUUUUACUAGCUUAACCAAAAAAUAUGGAGAUAUUUGAGCAAGAAUAUUCAACAAUUAUUGCCAAAUACAAAUAAAUGUACUAAGACCCUACAAGUUUUGAUAUUAAAGUCUUGUUGAAUCAAGUUUUAUCUCAUUUUAUGUUCUAAAAUUAAAAAGUAGAAGAUAUUCUUCGCUAUUAGAAGGAUAGUUAACAAUAGAUACAAUAAUAACAAUAACAAUAAUAAUCAUACAUAACUUUUGCAUCUGAAUUUUAAUAAAUUCAAAAAGACAAUCAAAAUUACCAAAAAGAUAAUGAUUAUGAGGAAAUAAAAUCAUUUAUGCUUAAUAAUUAAAAUUUAGAAGAGAAAAUUUGA